AACUGUUUCGAAGCUCAACGGCGUUGUACUAGUAGGUACAAGUUGUACUGUUCGAGGUACGACGAGUACAUACCGUACAGGGCACUACUUCACAUCAAAUUACUCGUGGUCAUGGAAAGAACUCACCACAUCAAAAGUUACGAUCAUGCAAACCCAAAAACACAUGUAACGAUAUUUUUUAAGCUUCAAAUUUUUCGCGUGUCUCGUACUCCCACAAUCUAAGAUUCCUUACUUCUCUAAAUGUCUUCUCAAAACUAUCCAAUCAUGGUAUCCGCUACGUUAAAAAAAUAUCUGAAAUUCCUCCUAUUCCAGUGCUUAAUCCUUUCUGUGUUGGGGGAUGACUUCGACAACGCUAUAUCUGCCAAAAUCAAGAGUCUCGCAAUUCGGGGAGCUUCGAUCGCAUACUAUGAUAGUAACAAAAUGCCAUCACCUGUAACCCGAGGAUAUGGUCAGAUUUCUUCGGAUUCAUCCUCAGCCUCCGUGACGCCCGAUACAGCCUUCAUGAUAGCGUCUGUCUCAAAGCCAUUUACCGCAUCGGCUGUUGCUGUUCUCGUUGACAAGGGGAUUAUAUCGCUCGACGAUGAUAUCUGUGAUGUCAUACCGGCAGGAUACUCCGACACAAUGUGCAGGAACCAAAACCACCCAAACGUUAAAAUUACGUGGAGAAUGAUGAUCACACAUCGGUCGUCUAUGAAAGGGAACAUCCCCGAUGCGAAGGAUCGAUGGGGAGAUCCUAUCAGUCCAAGUUAUGGCCCUUCAGGUGGCUAUACUUCCGAUGCACCCGCCGUAGGGAAUCCAACCUGUCCCCUUGGAGAAAUCGGAGAUUUUUACCACGCCUUGCUUACCGACGAUCCUAAUGCCACUACCGACGUUGGAGCUGGUGUGAUCCUACAGGGUGGAAAAGAACUUGAUUGGUUUGACUUGGCAAUAUCAAACGGGAGCAUGUGGAGUCGAUCAAAACCGGGGCAGCGAAGAGACUAUUCGAAUGCUGCGUACGGUUUUGUUUCUGCUCUCAUAGAAUUCGCAACGGGGCAGUCCUUUCCUGAUUUUUGUCGAGAACAUUUGUUCGAGCCCCUUGGCAUGAGCCACACGGAAUGGUUUCUCGACGACCUACCUGAUGGUUCUCAAGUGGCCGUACCGGUUGAGAAAAAAAGGAACGGUGGCUACAUGGACGUUGGACAUUACUGCUUUAUUGAUUAUGCAAGUGGGCAGCUUCGUACGUCGGCGAACGAUAUAGCACGGUGGAGCAAUGCUAUGCUAGACUAUGGCUCGCCCAUGUUAUGGUCAACAGCUGUUGGUAAAGAGAUUGUGAAAUGCCAAGAGAAAAACGUAAAUGGCGAACCGAUCGGAAAUAACAACUGUGAUUUUGGCUAUGGAUGGAUCUUGUUAAACAAUUCCAUGAAACAGAGCACUCAAGAAAAGUGGCUGAAACAAGGAUUCAGUGAGUAUGACUGGACCGAUGGUGUAUGGCACGAUGGAUCAGAAGCUGGCAGUCAGACAAACAUUGUCAUCCUUCCGAAAGCAGGGAUAUUUGUUGCCGUCUUGACAAACACAGACUUGAACUCGGAAACCGCAGCCCAACAGCUGACACAGGCCGUUGUCGAAGCACCCCUUCCUUCUUUGCCACCAACUCCAACCCCGCUAUCGAAUCCCACUCUUGCUCCACAGCCCACUAGAGCCCCAGCAAGUCCAACAAGAGCACCAACAAAUCCUACCAAAGCACCGACAAACCCAACAAGAGCACCAACAAACCCUACCAAAGCACCGACAAAUCCAACAAGAGCACCAACAAACCCUACCAGAGCGCCAACAAACCCAACAAAAGCACCAACAAAUCCUACCAGAGCGCCAACAAACCCCACAAGAGCACCAACUAAUCCCACGGCAGCCCCACAGCCAGAUGGAAAAUGCCCAGGAGAGGUAGAAUUCGUGUUUUCACUAGAGACGGACGACUUUCCCGAAGAAACUAAGUGGGUGUUGAAGAGAAACAACAGAGUUGUCAAAAAACGUCGUUACAAGACCUAUGAGAACCCCCUCUCUUUCUAUGAAGAGUCCAUUUGUGUCCCGUUGACUGGAAAUUAUAAAUUCGUCAUCGUAGAUCGAUACGGAGAUGGAGUUUGUUGUGACAAGGGAGACGGCAGUUAUGAGAUUUCUUUCAAUGGAGAAGUGAAGAGACGUGGAGGAGAUUUUAGAAGAAGACAGAGAACAAAGUGGUCUGCGUAGAUAUUUGGCAUAUAGUGAAACGAUAAGCUCCGGUUGACUUACCAAGACAGUCUAUUUACUAGUGGUUUUCCACUGCUGCAUAAUAUGCUUAAACAAUGGUGUUUUUUGCAUGGGUUUCAUUCUCUCGAAGCGACAAUGCCUUUGUCAAUAGAUCUAGUGAAUAAAAAUAUUUAAUUAAG